UUCUGCCCCGGUCCCUGCGCUCCGCCGGAGUUGGGUGGGUCUCGGCGGCCGCGGAGACCGUGACAGUGACAGGGGGAAGGGAUGGCCAUGGCGAUGUCGGACAGUGGGGCGAGUCGCCUGCGGCGACAGCUGGAAUCGAGCGGCUUCGAAGCGCAGCUGUACGUGAAACAGCUGUCGCAGCAGUCGGACGGAGACCGGGACCUGCAGGAGCACCGGCAGCGGAUCCAGGCGCUGGCCGAAGAAACGGCUCAGAACCUGAAGCGCAAUGUGUACCAGAACUACCGGCAGUUUAUCGAGACGGCGCGCGAGAUCUCCUACCUGGAGAGCGAGAUGUACCAGCUCAGCCACCUGCUCACGGAGCAGAAGAGCAGCCUCGAGAGCAUCCCGCUCACCCUGCUGCCGGCCGCCGCCGCCGCCGCGGGAGCCGCCGCCGCCGCCGGGGCCGAGGAGGGCGGCGGCGGCGGCGGCCCCGGAGGCCGAGAGCACUUUCGGGGCUCGGCCGGCUUCUUCCCGGGCCACGCGGGCGCCGCCCGGGACGGCCAGAGUGCCGGGGAGGAGGGCAAGCAGCGGACGCUGACCACCUUGCUGGAGAAAGUGGAGGGCUGCAGGCACCUGCUGGAGACCCCCGGGCAGUACCUGGUGUACAACGGAGAUUUGGUGGAGUACGAGGCGGACCACAUGGCUCAGCUGCAGCGGGUACACGGCUUCCUCAUGAACGACUGUCUGCUGGUGGCCACCUGGCUGCCCCAGCGCAGGGGCAUGUACCGGUACAAUGCCCUCUAUCCCCUGGACAGACUGGCCGUGGUCAACGUCAAGGAUAACCCGCCCAUGAAGGACAUGUUCAAGCUGCUGAUGUUCCCCGAGAGCCGAAUCUUUCAGGCAGAGAAUGCUAAGAUCAAAAGGGAGUGGCUGGAAGUGCUGGAGGAAACCAAAAGGGCCCUGGGUGAAAAAAGGCGCAGGGAGCAGGAGGAGGCGGCCGCCCCCCGGGGCCCGCCCCAUGUUUCUUCCCAGGCCACCAACCCUUUUGAGGAGGAGGAUGAGGAGGAGGAGCCUACUUCCCCGGAAGUUGAGGAGAAAGUGGACUUGUCCAUGGAGUGGAUCCAGGAGUUGCCCGAGGACCUGGACGUCUGUAUUGCCCAGAGGGACUUUGAAGGGGCAGUAGACUUGUUGGAUAAACUGAACCACUAUCUGGAGGGCAAGCCAUGCCCGCCUCCUGUUAAGGAGUUGAGGGCCAAAGUGGACGAGCGGGUCAGGCAACUCACUGAAGUGCUAGUCUUUGAGCUUUCCCCGGAUCGUUCUCUACGCGGGGGUCCUAAGGCCACUCGAAGGGCAGUUUCUCAGUUAAUACGACUUGGGCAGUGCACCAAGGCUUGUGAGCUGUUUUUGAGAAAUAGGGCAGCCGCUGUGCACACCGCCAUUCGGCAGCUUCGAAUUGAAGGUGCCACUUUACUUUACAUUCAUAAGUUAUGUCACGUCUUCUUCACCAGCCUCCUUGAGACUGCCAGGGAGUUUGAGACUGAUUUUGCAGGUACCAACAGUGGUUGCUACUCUGCCUUUGUGGUUUGGGCCCGUUCGGCCAUGGGCAUGUUUGUGGAUGCUUUUAGCAAGCAGGUGUUUGACAGCAAAGAGAGCUUGUCUACAGCAGCCGAGUGUGUGAAGGUGGCUAAGGAACAUUGCCAGCAGUUGGGUGAUAUUGGCUUAGACCUUACAUUCAUCAUCCAUGCUCUCUUGGUGAAGGACAUCCAAGGGGCUUUGCACAGUUAUAAAGAAAUCAUAAUUGAGGCCACCAAGCACAGAAAUUCUGAGGAAAUGUGGAGAAGGAUGAACCUAAUGACUCCAGAAGCAUUGGGGAAACUCAAAGAAGAAAUGAAAAGCUGUGGGGUGAGCAAUUUUGAACAGUACACAGGGGAUGACUGCUGGGUGAACCUAAGCUACACAGUUGUGGCCUUCACUAAACAAACUAUGGGCUUUUUAGAAGAAGCUCUGAAGUUGUAUUUUCCAGAGCUACACAUGGUGCUUCUAGAGAGUCUGGUGGAAAUAAUUUUGGUUGCAGUUCAGCAUGUGGAUUACAGUCUCCGAUGUGAACAGGACCCAGAAAAGAAAGCCUUUAUCAGACAGAAUGCAUCCUUUCUAUAUGAAACAGUCCUCCCUGUGGUGGAGAAAAGGUUUGAACAAGGUGUAGGGAAACCUGCCAAGCAACUGCAAGACUUGAGGAAUGCAUCUAGACUUAUUCGAGUAAAUCCUGAAAGUACAACUUCAGUAGUCUGAUACACAGUAUUUGUAUUUUUUUCCCCCAGCAAGGUCUGUUUGUCUAUACAGCAUUAACUAGUAUAUUAUUUAUAUAACACAUUAAAAUCUUCUUUAUAUCUCAGAACAUAGUUUAAAAAAUGAAAGUGAAAAAGGUCAUCUCUUUUGUAAGAGUUCAAGAUGAGAAUGUGAAGAGUGGAAAAAAAAAAAGGAUAAAUUUUAUCAAAGCAGUAAAAUCAUUAAGAUAAUUUGAACUCAUUUAAUAUAUUCUUUAAUUAUUUUGAAUCCUUAUAGAUUGUUGGUCAUACCACAGUACUUUACUUCAUGAUCCUAGGGGCCAAAUCACAUUGUAUUAUUAGUGAUAUUUAUUUAUGCAGCACACAGAAAUACCACAUCUAUAAUUACAUGCAAAUCAAACAUAUCAACAUUUUAUUUUCACAUUUUAUAAGUCACUGGAUUACCAGAAGAAUUUUCUGUGUAUCUUCAAAGGUAUAGUGCCAUAGAAAACACUCUUAACCUAAUAUACUUUCUUUUUUAAAAAAGAGUGAUUUAGAUAUUCAUAGACUCAAAAAAUAUUGGCAGCUUUAACCUUAAGGUAAAUUUCAGGCUAAAAUGUUCAGGAAGACAGUUUAAUUUAUUGAAACUGUGAGAACAUGCCAGUCCUUUUAGUAUAUUAGAAGGAAAAGCAUUAAUAAAAAAUAGUUCAGUUAAUUUUGUUAGCACAAUUUGAAUAAACUUAAUUACAUUUAGUUGGUUGCUAUCUUUUAAAAAUCUGCUUUGGAAACAAAAUGCUUGAAAAAUCAGAGUUAUGACUCAUUUGUUUCUUGUUAUUAUUGAACUUUAUCAAUUUUUAUUUCGUUUUCUUUGUGACAUAACAGUGAGGAAUAUUUCACACUAUUAGCUGCUUGAGAGCUCUACUUUAGGAUUUUACACUGUCAGUCUGCAGGUGGGAGGGAAAAGUCUUCAUUAAAAUAUAUCUUUUAGAUUCUAACUUCUUAAUGAAGAAUCAAAAGAAUGAUUAGAAUGUUAUUUCUCAAACACAAAUACUUUUUUGGCCACAUUUACUGAUAUUGAAGAAAGUUGCAUUUGAGUGUUGUAGAAACCACUAGUAAGACUUACUCUUGGUUCAUCUUUAAAAUGAAUGUAAUGUUUUAUCUUAAUUAAAUAACCAAGUGCUUUUAAAGAGUCUUGGGCUUCCAAGACUAUUUUGAUUCACUGUUUCAACUGUCUAAUGGAUAGACAAUAUUCCUUAUGCUCUGACUCCUUUUGUGCCACUCCACUAUAAUUGCAUAGGAUACAGAAAGGGUCAGCACAGGACCAAGGACCACUUAAAUUUUUUUCUUUGAUUAAUGAGUUUCUAUGGCCAAAUGAUUUGCCACCUUGUAACUAGCAUUCUUUCUUUAGACAAUACACUGUCUAUUUUAGGGACUUAAUUUGGUAGAAUCUUCCAAAGUUUAUGCUUUGUUGGCUUAGCCUUU